AUGCAACCGACGCCUGCACCAACUUCUGCACCCAAUUCACCGGGACCUCCUGAGGGGACCCACGAUACACCGUUGGUUGAGGAACAGACCUAUACGGCGCCACCACAAAAUGUCGACAGCGCGCCGUUUGGUGUUCUGGUUGCACUGUUUGAAAGAUUGCAAAACGAAAGAAAACCCGAAAGGCGUCGAAAGCUCCUUUUGACUUGGUUUACCCACUGGCGCAACGAGAAAGGGUUCGAUUUGUAUCCAGUAUUAAGACUACUUCUUCCACAGAAAGACCGUGAACGCUCUGUCUAUGGCUUGAAAGAAAAAAACUUGGGCAAAACCUACAUCAAGAUGAUACCUCUUGGACAAAGGGAUCCUGAUGCGCAACGGUUACUCAAUUGGAAAAAGCCUACAGAUCGUGAUAAAGCAGCUGGCGAUUUCUCCACAGUAUUAUAUGAGGUCGUAGGGAAACGAUCUUCAGUAAUUGAAGGAUCGCUAUCGAUAGAUGACUUAAACCAUCUUCUGGAUCAGCUCUCGAGCAACUCGGGAAAGCAGGAUGUGCAGUCGAAAAUAUUACAACGGGUGUAUAACCGCGCCACCCCUGAGGAGCAAAGAUGGAUUGUUCGUAUCAUAUUAAAAGAUAUGACCAUUUCCGUCAAGGAAACAACCAUUUUUUCAGUGUUUCACCCUGAUGCACAAGAUCUCUACAAUACAUGCUCGGAUCUUAAAAAGGUGGCUUAUGACCUCUGGGACCCUUCCCAUAGAUUGAAGAACGAGGAUAAAACAGUCCAAUUAUUUCAAGCAUUCGCUCCGAUGCUUUGCAAGCGACCCACAAAUACAAUCGAGGAGACUGUACGCCUAAUGGGUGGCGUUGAAUUUUAUAUUGAAGAAAAGCUAGACGGAGAAAGAAUGCAGCUUCACAAACGAGCAAACGAGUACUUUUACUGCUCCAGGAAAGGGAAAGAUUAUACCUAUCUGUAUGGAAAAGAUAUUGGACAAGGCAGUUUGACACCGUAUAUCCGUCAAGCAUUUGAUGGAAAAGCUGUCACUGAGAUCGUAUUAGAUGGUGAAAUGCUGGUUUGGGAUCCGGUGUCGGAACGUAACCUACCCUUCGGGACUUUAAAGACAGCAGCGUUAGAUAAAUCUAAGCACGAGUUUAACCCCCGUCCAUGUUUCAAGGUGUUCGAUAUCUUGUAUCUGAACGGAAAUUCUCUUCUCAGUUUAAAGGUCCAACAUCGAAAAGAAAUUUUAAGGAAGUAUGUCAAAGAAGUAAAGGGACGCAUCGAAUUCGCAGUACAAUGGAAAGGGACUGAUGCUAAGGAUAUCAGAGAAAGGAUGGACCAGAUUAUGGAAUCUCGAGGAGAAGGGCUUGUGAUUAAGAAUUCUUUGUCGAGAUAUGAGCUUAAUGGACGGACUAAUGGUUGGAUUAAGGUUAAACCUGAAUAUAUGGAUAACAUGGGCGAAACGGUUGACGUCGUUGUCGUUGGGGGAAACUAUGGUACUGGAACUCGGCGUGGAGGGGCAGUAUCAACUCUGAUUUGUGCCGUAUUUGACGAUCGCAGGAGCUACGAUAACGACGAAGAUCCUAAAUACAGUACUUUCGUUCGAAUUGGCACAGGCAUAACAUAUGCAGAUUAUUUGUGGAUACGAGCACUUCCCUGGAAGGAAUGGAAAAAGGGGACUACGCCCGAUUUCUUGCAAACUUCAAAAAAAGGCACAGAUGAUAAAGGGGAUCUCUAUCUUCAUCCAGACGAUUCUUUUAUACUUAAGGUUAAAGGAGCCGAAAUUAUACCCAGUGGCAAGUAUCAAUACCAGUUAGGCUAUACAAUGAGGUUCCCUCGAGCAGUGGCGUUUAGGAGUGAUCUGACUAUAAUGGAUUGCAUGCCUGCUUCCGCCAUUUUGGAAAGUUUACGAAACGAUAAAAAGAGGAAAAUGUCGUCAGAUAUUAGUAGUUCCAAUAAGAAGCGUAAAAUUACCACUUCUAAGCCGGCUAUCCUUGAACGAUAUAAAGGCGUAAAGGCCAAAGAUGUUCAUGUUGAAAGCAAACUGCUUGAGGGUCUGACAUUUGUUGUCCUGUCGGACUCCAAGUCCAAAACGGCGAAUGAAGACAGGAAAUUUAUCGAGACACAAAUAUACGCAAAUGGUGGUAUUUGCGCCCAGAUAUCAGGUCCCGGAAAGAUUGUGAUUUAUGGAGGUUCUACGACACCAUAUAACAUUAAACAAAUCAUCAACAAAGGAAGAGACAUUAUUAAACCCAGUUGGAUCUUAGACUCCAUCUCAAAGGGCGAACGAAUGCCAUUGCGCAAGAGAUAUUUUUUUCAUGCAACUGAAGAAUCUAUCGCCUCUGAGGAGUACGACGCAGAAGACGACGAGCAGGACCAAGAAGCCGCUGGGUCUGGCAUUGCCAGUCGGUCACCUUCAGUUGACAACAGGCAAGGAGAGCCAGCUAGCUCAGAUAUUCACGGGGACAAGCCAGUUUCCCCCAAGGUGGAAGAAAUGGAAAUUGAUCCUGAGCUAGCUGAAUGGUUUAAGGUUGACCAACAAACUUCAGGCUAUUCGGAGGACAAGGACAUCCAAGACAACGAUUCGGUGACGGAAGAUGACGACUCCGACAAUGCUGACGUCGCUGGGGAUGAAGAGGCCGACCUUGAUGAUUGGUUACAAGUGAAGGUUCAAGAAGCCAAGCCCCCAAUUGAAGAAAAUGCAGCAACGCAAUAUGAGGACGAUGAUGACGUCAAAAUGGGAGAAAGCGACAAAGCCAUGGAAUACGAUCAAGACCUCAUUUUCAAACAUUUAUGCUUUUACAUGGACUCGCCAGAUAACGCUAUCAAAAACGGAUUGACUGUCAAACCAAGCAAACACGAAGCAGACAUGAACGUCAAACUUUCCCAGAUCGCGGAAUUAGUUAUUGCCCACGGAGGCAAGGUGGUCACCGACCUUGACAAUCCGAAGUUGACCCAUGUUGUGGUCGACCAGCGGGACGUCAGGCGACGAAUAGAGUUGAUUAAACGCACAUCAAAACCUAAAAUGCGAAACCUCGUAAUUUCUGACUACAUCCAAGCGUGUUUAGACGAGGGAACGUUAUUGGAUAAUGCAGGCUGCCUCAGCUCCUUCAUAUACAUAAUGGGCGACCUACAAGUAUCACCUAUAUCACAACUCCUCCAUACGCUUGGAAUAACGCGUGAAGAUCUGAAUAAACGGAGUGAUCAAAUGCGACAAUUUCUCACCGCCGACGAUGCCAUGUCUUCACGCGUCCCCGAGCGCGACAAUGCCUACCGACCAAGGUCCGGAUCGGAUUUACACUCCAGCUCACGAUCAGUAGGGUCUUCACGAUCUUUUGCGCGUUCUCUGUCGCGUGCAAGCUCAUCCUCAGUUCGCGAUGGCACUCCGCCAGCAACUCCGGUCAAGUCCGAACCUCGUGAAGGCGAAAUACCGCACAGACGCAUGGAUAGUAUGGAGAUGGUAUUAGAAAGGCAGAGAAGGCAGAGAAAGAGUCGUCGGGAAAAAGAGCGCGAAUCUAGCAAGGCAGUGCCACAUCCCCCUUCCCCAUCCCCCAGCAUCGCGUCACAUUCAGGUCAUAACCUUGACUCCUACAUGCAAUCACGCGAUGAUGUCCAACCGCCCAGCUCUUCAAGUAGCAGUCGAUCCAAUCCGCCCUCAGUGACCAAUGACCCCCCUCUGCCUAUCACUCCUCAGAAAAGCAAAUACUACAGAGAUCACACAAACCUUGAUUCGGAAUCGGCUCGUAAAGAUACCGCUUUGAAGACUGAGACACCGACUCCCACGCGCGCCAGUGCUCCUCCUCCUCCUCAAAGUCUUCCCCAGCCGCAAUACUAUGCUUACCCAGGAUAUAUGGGAUACCCACAUUUCAUGCCUAUGGCAUACAGACCCGCCACGGCCACCUCUUCCUUUCCUAUCACACCACAGGCGCAACGCACACUACCCGCUCGACAAACAGCAACAUCACCUCUACCUCCUUCAUCUCCUCCCCCGGCGUCAUCCCCAAUGUCUUCACCCGCCCGUCGUAUAAAUCUUGUAUCCUCUCCUGGGCCUAUGGGCCCUGCUCCCGAAGAGAAUGAAUACGAUAAUUUACCAUAUAAACUCCCUCCAGGCCCUUAUUCUCCAAGUAAACCCGACCUCUCUUACGCUGCCUUGGUGGGGCGUGCCAUUUUAUCAUCUCCUGAACAUCGCCUUACUCUCCAAGAAAUUUAUGAUUGGAUUACAAUAGUGUAUCCACAUUAUAAACGUGGAGAGACUACCUGGAUGAACAGCAUACGCCAUGUUUUAAGCACCACUGUAUGUUUCCGCAAAGUUCCAAGAGACCGUUCUGUCGGUAGGACAUUAUGGGCUAUCUACGAUGAAGAUAUCGAAUGUUUCAAGGACGGUGGUUUCAAGAAGCAUCUUUGCAAGGAUUAUGUCAAUGGUAAUGACGGUAAAGAAAAACAAUCUGGCAGUUCGAAGGGCAAAGCUAGGGCCAGAAAGCGCGUCGACGAUGAAGAAGCCAUCGAAGGCCGAAAAACAAAGAAGUUGAAGAAAGAGCAAUGCGCCAUUACGGGCAACAUCUCGACCUUCGAUUCACAUGUUGCCGGGCCAUCGUUCAUGGGAUCCAGCACCCUAUCGUCUCGACCUCUAUUCCCUCCAACACGCCCAACCGCUCACCAUCAACCGUACUACCAGAGUUGUGUCCCCCAAACCCAAGGAUUCCCCACGGAAGUCAUCUUCCCACCUUUACCUGCUGCAGCUGCUUUCAAUCGAGUUGUGAAUAAUCUCAACACCAGUCACAACAAUAAUGUUUCAUCUUCCACGACACUAACGACCAUUAAGGACUCCUCUGCGGUGGAGGCCUCUCCUCCUCCGAGUAGUUCUUCACCCAUUCUUUCAGCAUCAUCUAUUUCAUCUUCUUCACUCUCUUCUUCGAUCCCUGAACUUACUCCGAAUCUCAGUUCUUCCAGCCCACCAUCCUCACUUCCUGCCACCAGCGACAUAGAUAUCGAUUGCCCCGAGAGUCGGCCCAUGAGCGUAAAACCAGAUGUGCUUCAUGACAUUGGAAAUACAGCUCUUGCGAUUAGCGACAUAUUUACGGAUGAAGGCGAAGCUGACACCUCCACUCCUGCUGAAUGUACUGAAGAUGACAUCUUCAACACAGCACUAUUAGGGCCUGUCACAACCUGGGGUCAAUCUCCCAAGGUUCCUGGCCUUCUACAACCUGGAAUUGAGCUACUGGAGUCUAACACAGAUUCUGACGAAGAUUCUGAUAUAUCUAUUCGAGAUAGAAAAGGCAAGAAAAAACAAGGCACCCGCAAUUACAAGGGGUCUGUCUUUCCCCCAAUGCCUUCAUCGCCUUCACUUAAUCGCGGGAAGCAUGCAUCAGCCAACUCUGAAAAUGCAGGUCGCCCGUCAACGCCAGCCUCUUUACCUGCCUUGCCCUCGACGCCUCCUCGAAGUUCAAUACUAGAUCAUCAAAUUUCUUCUACUCGCACUCCUCUUUCUCACAAGGGCCUUCAUAUGAGCCCAUCAGCCAGCCUGGCUCACUACAAAUCCAACCUGGACCCGCCGCCUGUAUAUAAUGGAAGUAUACCGGCCCUCGAUAAUCCUCAGGCCGAUGAAGAGGAUCUUAUGCGGACCCCUCGGAAACGCGGGACUAACGCCAGCGCUCCCACAUCGUUUGGACCCCCAGUUACUCCAAGGAAACUCAUCUUUUCUGCUAACCUUGAAGAUUCACCUUUCCGCACUCCCAGCAAUAAUCUGAAUAUGUCCCCAUUCCGUACCCCCGGCUCGCGUUCUAUCUUCGACCCUCAUGAUCCUAGGACACUCCUUGACGAGGAGCUCAGUGGGAUGCACUAUAACUACGAUAGCAGCCCUGCUAGUGGGUUGUUCGGAAGAGGGCGAGGAUCUCUCCUCUAUGACAGUCCUGGUUUUGAGAGUCCUGCCAAGUGGUGGUGA